AUGUCUGGAGGACCUGCACUUAGCGCUAUUGCUCGAAGAAAGGCAAAAAUUGAGGCUGCUACCGCUAAUGCUUCGAUUUCGACUCAGAAAACAGAUGGUACUUCUAAAGCUCCAGUUGAUACAGCCUCUUCUGCUAUUGAUACCACCUCAAUCCCAACACUGAAGCGAAAGGCGCCGGCACGACCUUCUAGGCACAGCAAAAUCCCUACCGACCAGGUCACUGAUUCUUACUCAAGGAAGAAGGCCAGAGCUUAUCCUUAUUCUCAAGUAAUACCAGCAGUCGAAAAACCGACACCACUAGACUAUACAUACGAAAGGCCAUACUCUCCGAGCCGACCAUUUAACUCCUCAGAGGAGGAGGUUAUUACAAAUGCUCCUACCCCAGAGAAAACUGGAACUACUUACGCUAGUCAACAGGCAGCAGAGCUUGGUUUACCUGCUCGGCCAAACAAAAAUAUACCUACUAUAACCGAGAAGAAAAAUUGUUUUACUCUCAUACCUGAUGAUGUAGAUUCCGUAGUCGGACGACGUAGCGCUACGAGGAUAGUCCUACUCAACCAAGGAGAAUCGCUAUUGUUCGUAGGCACGAUGGAACUCACGUUGCUCCAAGGCCACAUCCAGCUACUGGGGACAACACUAUCACCUUCGAAGACUUCCCACAAAAUAUUUGCGCCACGUUCUCAUCCGAUACCAGUUUUGGACGCUUUAGGUCCCACCACUAACGCGAGCUUCGAAACGUUGAGCCAGAAUGGGCCACAGUUGAUAUCAAAUCUUCCAAAGCACAUUGUCGAGGCUAUAUCUCCAUCUCACGUAGUUCUUGUCCUUCAAGAAUUAUUAACAGGUGUAGAACAGCUGGGUCAAGUAGUGCGAACAUUUGCGGGUAUUUUUGAACCAGACGGACGAGACAACCACAUAACCCAACAGGUUUUCAAAUCAGCCCAUCUGUACAGGACCGAGUCACAAUUCGACUCUAGCUUUGAUUUUCCAGAUGACUGGCAACAAGCCAUUGCUACCAUUCUCUCAGUCGUUUCAAAGGAGGACCCAGGCACCGAAGGAAGCUUUGCAUACGACGCCCCUAUAAUAUUAGUUCGGGGCUCCAAGAACUCUGGGAAAAGCACCUUUUCUCGUGUGCUAGCGAAUAAUCUUACCAGUAGAUACCACAGCGUUGCGUUUAUUGACUGCGACCUCGGGCAAAGCGAAUUUACUCCAGGGGGGAUGGUUUCCUUAAAUGUAUUGAAGACACCAGUACUUGGACCACCGUUCACCCACGACAACCCGCCCAGAUAUGCUCAUUUUAUUGGCGGAAACUCGCCCAAGACUAGCCCAUCGCACUAUCUUGCAGCCUUGGGUGACCUUGCACAGCGCUAUCAACUGGAACUCAAAUACUCUGAAUCUCUCAAUGACGAAAAUGUGGACAAUGAUCUUACCAAGAACUCUGGCUCUGUCCCCCUUGUUAUCAAUACACAGGGUUGGGUGAAGGGGCUAGGUGCUGACCUACUUCGAUCUAUUGAAGGGCUAUUUACACCAACCCAUAUCGUAGAGUUUCAAACCCCUCGCAUAUCUUCGUCGUUCGAUCUCUUCCAAGCCCAACCACCGUCAUAUUCAAAAGAUUUUGGAAGAGACCCAUCCACUAACCCUUGUCGGCUGAUCAACUUGUCUCCUAUACUCCCUUCCUCCCGUUCCCCACGGUUCUCCGCCGCAGACUUACGAAGUUUAACACUCGCCUCAUACUUCUACAGUCGUAAUCAUAAAGACAAUCAUGUUGACCAGAGCCACUCGAUUGCUUGUUGGGAUACAUCUUUGUCGAUGAGGAACAUCGCUCCUAUUUCCAUUGAUAUUCGGUCAGCUCUCGAAAGUAUUACCAUCGUUUCUCCCACCGGCGACGACGUUGUACAGGCCGAUAUUUCUAGAGCAAUUGUAUGCGGUAUCGUUGGUUUAGUUGUUCCUGAUUUUCCAUCAAAACCUGCCCAAAUGAUAUAUGCCCAAGGUGCACUUCCUCCGCCUCCCCAAAAUUCUCGCUGUAUCGGCUUGGGGUUCGUCCGAGGGGCUUCAGCAACCCAACUUCAUCUGCUUACUCCUGUACCCGCCAACCAAUUAAGGCUGUGCCGGAUACUGGUACUCGGAGAGCUUACUAUGCCGGUUUGGGCGUUCCUAGAUCCCGAGAAAGAUACCAAUGAAGAGGAUGGGUUGCCAUUCCUGCAGUGGGGUAGGAGUAUAGCAGAGGAGGCUGGCGGAGAAAGAAAGAGGAUCAGGCGUAACAUUAUGAGAAGGGGCCAGUUGUAA